AUGAAGUUAACGUUCAGGUCUCUCUCAGUGUUUGUUGCUUUGACCGGCGCAAUAAGCUUUGCGUUUCUGGUGGUCGCAAUUGGGACAGAUUUCUGGUACAUAAUCGAUGCGUCAAAACUGGAAACAUUUUCCAAUUCUACCCAUCACCUGAGCUCCCAUUCUGGGCUUUGGAGAACUUGCAAAUUUGAAAGUAAAUGCUUCCAUUUAAUGAAUCCGUUCUGGAAAGGAAAGGCAAACUUGACAGCCUCGCAAAGACAGAUUUUAAACCUACAUGGAGCAUUUGUGAUUCUGCUUCCGCUCAGUCUCAUCCUGAUGAUUUUUGGUGGAAUAGCUGGGUUUAUCAGUAUUCUAGUUCGAGCCUAUUCCUUACUGCUGCUGACUGGAAUUCUUUUUCUUUUUGGAGCGCUGGUAACACUUGCUGGAAUCAGUGUGUACGUCGGGUAUUCUGCAGCAGCGUUCAAGGAAGCCGUCAAUCUGUCUGGAAAAGACAUACUUGAAGAUAUUAACAUCGGGUUUGGAUGGUCCUUGGCUCUGGUGUGGAUCUCACUCACCGCUGAGGUGUUCACAGGUGUUGCAUUCAUACUGGCUGCAAAGUUGACAGGCAUGAAGGAAAGACACGAAGGAUCACCAUAA